CCGACUGCGCGUGCGCAGACAGCGGCCGCCGGAAGGACCCAGCCUAGCUGUGUUUAUCUCGUUGGACCCUGGAGCCGUCGGUUGGCGCGCAACGGGUUCUAGGCUGCAGGCAGCGCGAGGACCCGCGGCCCCGCCCCGGCCCGGCCUGGCAGGUAGCAGAGGCAGCCGGCCGUGCCGGGGGGGCAUGUUGCUGUGACCAGUGGCCAGGGGAUGUUACGGUGGACAGUGCACCUGGAGGGCGGGCCCCGCAGGGUGAACCAUGCUGCUGUGGCCGUGGGACACCGGGUCUACUCCUUCGGGGGUUACUGCUCAGGAGAGGACUAUGAGACACUGCGGCAGAUUGACGUGCACAUUUUCAAUGCAGUGUCCUUGCGUUGGACAAAGCUGCCCCCAGUGAGACCCGCCAUCCGCGGGCAGGCUCCCGUGGUACCCUACAUGCGCUAUGGACACUCGACCGUCCUGGUUGAUGACACGGUCUUCCUUUGGGGAGGACGGAAUGAUACUGAAGGCGCGUGCAAUGUGCUCUAUGCCUUUGACGUCAAUACUCACAAAUGGUCCACACCCCGAGUGUCAGGCACAAUUCCUGGAGCCCGGGACGGGCACUCAGCUUGUGUCCUGGGCAAGAUCAUGUACAUUUUUGGGGGCUAUGAGCAGCUGGCGGACUGCUUUUCCAAUGACAUCCACAAGCUGGAUACCAGCACCAUGACCUGGACCCUCAUCUGUACCAAGGGCAACCCUGCACGCUGGCGGGACUUCCACUCCGCCACCAUGCUGGGCAACCACAUGUAUGUCUUUGGGGGCCGCGCUGACCGCUUUGGGCCCUUCCAUUCCAACAACGAGAUUUACUGCAACCGCAUCCGAGUCUUUGACACCAAGACCGAGGCCUGGCUGGACUGUCCGCACACUCUAGUGCUGCCUGAGGGCCGCCGGAGCCACUCGGCCUUUGGCUACAAUGGGGAGCUGUACAUUUUUGGUGGUUAUAAUGCAAGGCUGAACCGUCACUUCCAUGACCUCUGGAAAUUUAACCCUGUAUCCUUUACCUGGAAAAAGAUUGAACCGAAGGGGAAGGGGCCUUGUCCCCGUCGACGCCAGUGCUGCUGUAUUGUUGGUGACAAGAUUGUCCUCUUUGGGGGUACCAGUCCAUCUCCCGAGGAGGGCCUGGGAGAUGAAUUUGACCUCAUAGAUCAUUCUGACUUACACAUUUUGGACUUUAACUCAUCGCACUUGUCAUUUGAGGAGCUGUUGGAAUUGCAGAAACAAGUGGGCACAAAGGCAGCUCAGCAUGUGCCAUCUGGAAGCAGCACGAAGAAGCAAGGUUCUCGGCCACCUGCACAAGGCCUGGCGGACAAGCACCGGCCCCUGGAGAUGUCAGCCAAGGUGCGGGUGCCAUUCUUGCGGCAAGUGGUGCCUGUCAGUAAAAAGGUAGCUCGUGACCCCCGCUUUGAUGAUCUGUCAGGAGAGUAUAAUCCUGAGGUGUUUGACAAAACAUACCAAUUCCUUGAUGACAUCCGUGCGAAGGAGAAACAGCUUGUGAAAAAGCAGCUAAAGAAGCAGCGCAACGGGGAGGAACGUGAGAAACUGCAGCAGCUACUCCAGCGAAUGGAGCAGCAGGAACUGGCCCAGCAGGAACGCAAGCGGCAGCAGGAGUUACACCUGGCCCUAAAGCAGGAGCGGCGGGCUCAGGCCCAGCAGGGCCAUCGGCCGUAUUUCUUGAAGAAAUCUGAGCAGCGCCAGUUAGUCCUCGCUGAGAAGUUCAAGGAGCUGAAACGCAGCAAGAAGCUUGAGAGUUUCUUGAGUCGAAAGAGGCGGCGGAAUGCAGUCAAGGACCGGCGACAUCUCCCUUUGAGCAAGGAACACUAAAGCCUGUCCUCAGCUCUGCUGCCGGGUGUGGUGGGGCACACAGAUGGAACAGGGUUGAGUGGGUGAGAGAAGACUCCCCAGGCGUGUGCCACUCAGGAACAGGCACUCAGCCAUCCGUCUGUCCUCUGGGUCACCAUGGCCUUCUGUCCUCGUCCUCAAUUGCCUCAGAGUGUGGUGGUACAGAAAGGGGCCCCCGAGCACGACCUAGAGGCCAGUGAAUGGCCUAAAGUCUGCCAGUGGCUUCCCACGGCCAGGACCUGAUGUAGGAGCCAACUCACGAACGUUCUUGUCGUUCAUCUUGUCGUUCUGCUUUGGAGGGAUGGGGGGUGCAAAGUUGCUCUUUUUAGCAAGUCACCUGUGUGACUGUAGGAGUCUCCUCUCACCACUCCCUCCUACUUGGCCCAAAGACGGCAGCAAGUCUGCCGCAUUGUUGGGGAGAUGAUGCAGAGCGCUGGACCACUUGCUUUGUGUGCAGGAGCCCCACGAUUGAGCCCCAGCACUAUUUGUUCCCCAGGAAACCAAAAAGUAAAAAUAAAAGUAAAGGGAUGCCCAGUCUUAGAA